GCAGUAUAUGUGGAUGGGACUUUUAUUUUGGUCUGGUGUUAUGACAUCAUAAGGCUGGACCGUUCUCCUCUGGCUCAACAAAGGAACAAGAAACAGUUUUCAAGAUGGCAUUUAUUAAAGAGGAGACUGAAGACAUAAGUAUUGCAGAACAAUUCAGAGUGAAAAAUGAAGAUGCUGAGGAUCAUACAGACCUGGUGGUGAUGAAAGUGGAGAGCCAAGAACUGAAUGAAAUGGAGGAGGAAGAUCAUCAUGAAGAAACACUUUGCUCACAGACUGAACGGGCGUCCUCACAAAAAAGAGCUCGGAAGGCAGGUUCUAAAAAGUGUUACAUCUGUCCUCAAUGUGGCAGGAAUUUCACUUAUGAAAAAAGCCUUAAAAAACACGAGGCAAAUCACACUGGACAAUGCCCUUUCACAUGCCAACAGUGUGGGAACAUUUUCACUACAAACGGAAGCCUUAAAAACCACAUGAGAGUUCACACGGGAGAGAAGCCUUACACGUGUGAUCAGUGUGGAAAGAGUUACACACGAAGCAAGACCUUAAGGGAUCACAUGAGGAUUCACACUGGAGAAAGGCCGUACACAUGUAAUCAGUGUGGGAAAAGUUACAUACGAAGCAAGACCUUGAGGGAUCACAUGAGGAUUCACACUGGAGAAAGGCCUUACACAUGUAAUCAGUGUGGAAAGAGUUUCGUACAUAAAGUGACCCUUAAUUUACACAUGAAAAUUCACUCCAGAGAGAACCAUUUUAUAUGCCAUCAAUGUGGAAAGAGUUUCAAAGACAUUGCACGCCUUAACAGGCAUGUAAUAAUUCACUCCGGAGAGAAGCCCUUCAAAUGUCACCAAUGUGGAAAGGGGUUUCAAAUAAGUAACAACCUUAAGGCACACAUGAAAUGUCACACUGAGGAGAAGCCUUUCAAGUGCCAUCAAUGUGGAAAGUGUUUAAAACAUGAAACAUCCCUUAACUACCACAUGCGACUUCACACUGGAGAGAGGCCUUUCACCUGCCCUCAGUGUGGAAAGAGUUUCAUUCUUGAAGGACAGCUUAGUCGUCACAUGAGAUAUAUUCACACUGAUGAGAAGCCUUUCGUGUGCCAUUAUUGUGGAAGGAUUUGUGAAAGCAAAUCAAACCUUAAGAUUCACAUACAAAUUCACACUGGAGAAAAGCCUUUCUCCUGCCCUCAGUGUGGAAAGAGUUUCAUUCAUAAAGGACUCCUUAAUUAUCACAUGAAACUUCACACUGGAGAAAAGCCUUUCAGUUGCCAUCUGUGUGGUAUGAGUUUCAGAUAUAAAGGACUUCUUAAUGGUCACAUGAGAAGUGUGCACACCAAUGAGAAGCCUUUUACCUGCCAUCACUGUGAAAGGAUUUGUGAAAGCAAAUCAAAACUUCAGAUUCACAUGCGAAUUCACACUGGUGAAAGGCCUUUCUCCUGCCCUUGUGGGAAAAGUUUCGCACUUAAAGGAAACCUUACGGCUCACAUGAGACUUCACACUGGAGACAGGCCUUACAUGUGUGUUCAGUGUGAGAAGAGUUUUGCUUAUCUAAGACAGCUUAAAAGUCAUCUGCAAACUCAUUUUGGAGAGAAAUCGCAGUGUUCUGAGUGUGGCAAGAGGUUUGCAAAGAUGAGCAAUUUCCAAAAUCAUCUGCGCAUUCACUCUGGACUAAGGCCAUUUAAUUGUAAUCGGUGUAAUAAAACAUUUAUUUUGCCAUCACACUUAGAGAUACACCUGAAAAGUCAUGCAGACAAAAGACCCUAUUUGUGUUCUCGGUGUGGAAAGAGUUUUAAAUGGCUCUGCGAUUUAAGAUCGCAUCGGAGAUUUCAUGUCUGUGUGAAACCUAAUUCCAGAGCAAGCUACUUGAAACGAAAGAAACAAAUCCAUACUGGAGAAAAUCCUGACAUCGUAACAAGUGACUUCCAUGGGGGCCAUGUGAUGGCGCCUUAAUUGUGUUAAACAAAGUUGCUGUGUUGUUGUGCUACAAUGUGUCAUGGGUGAACAUUUC